UUGAAUCGUGCGACGUCAAAUCACGCGUCUAUUCUAGGGUGCGGCUUCCAGAAGCGAGACUACACCGAAAGAGAACUCAUUGAUGCGUGUGCAGGAAAAAAGAUCAUAAAGCCAGCCGAUGGAUACAUCAUGGAAUUGUCAAACGACUUCACGACAGAAGAUCAGAUAAACGCACUAUGUUCGAGAGCGGUCUACAUGGAAAUUUGCAUCACAGUCACUCGCUCACGAUUCCGCCGAAUACGCUGUCCAUACUUACGCGAGCUGAGACCAUGCAUGCCAGGACGGUCUGCUUUCUCUAUCAUAGAUAACAGCAGAUUUGAAGAUCUAUUCAUACCGCCGCAAGCAAUCUAUCCUAAACACGAAUUCAUCAUUGAAUUAGCCGGGAACCCAAAGAUGAGCAUCCCAAGAAUUCGCGCUCUCCAGAGAUGGUGCGAACAUUGCCUCAUUCUGUCGGGACGGCUCGGAACUACAGGAGGAAUAUUCACCGUCAUCAGCACCAAAAUUUCUUUGUCGAUUCCAGCAUUACGUCGAUGUAACUUGCAACCACGUCACUACAGUGCCAAGGAACUAGUUCGACGUUGUUCCGGUGCUCAAAUCAUCAAACCAUACAGAGGAUUCCCACUAAUGGUGUCGUCAUCGGAAAUCCCUCAAAAAGAGAUGAACAAAUUGUUUUCGAAAGCUGUCAUCUUGGAGAUUUGUAUAACCGUAAUGGACUCAGACUACAAGGCAUUAUCCUUCCCACGACUCCGAGAAAUACGACCGUGCCUUCCAGGGAGACCAGCUAUAAAAAUUGUGGGUAAUAUCCCACUUAGACACCUCUACGUUCCAGCAUAUCUGCGAUUCCCUCCAGAUGCGAUCGUUUUCGAAAUUAAAGAGAAUCCUCAUCUAUCCAUAACACUACUAGGAUGGCUUAAACGAAGGUGUAAACGCUGCAUUAUAACACUUGAUUUAGCCUGUAACUUGCAUAGACACGAUUACACAAGCAGACAACUGAUCGCUGCUUGUGCUGGCAAACGAAUCAUCCGUCCUGCGGAAGGAUACAUGUUGGCGCUCACUUCGGCGCAUACUAGUGAACGGAAAAUGAAUGCUCUAUGCUCACGAGCUAUAUAUAUGGAGAUUUGUAUCGAUAUCACAAGAUCACGCUAUAGAUCAUUACGCUGUCCACACCUGAGGGAGCUAAAGUCCUGCAAGCCAGGUCGACCAGCAAUACGAAUCGUUGACAAUAUGUACUUCAGGAAACUUCGAAUUCCUACAAGGUUUUUGUAUCCGACAGGAGAACCUAUUCUCGAAAUUGGGGAAAAUCCACUCCUACGCCCUGCUGUCCUUAGGCCUCUUAAACGACUCUGUCCGCAGUGCAGGAUUACGGCCAAUCUCGGUGAGAAAUCUCAACAAAAAUAUUGCUUCCUAACUAAUUGGUAUCGAAAUAGUCUUUGUCGAUGGAGGCCUUACUCACACUUACUACCAGUGGAUGCUUGA